UGUGCAACUCGUGAGUGGUAGAUCAAUGGAUCAAACGCGUACGUACAGCCACCUAUCGAUCAAGAAUAUCAACCCCAAACCGGUACAUUUGCGGUUCAGGGGUGCCAGUUCGUAGCUCAGUAGGUCGGUCGCACGACAUAAUUAUAGUAUUCAUUCUGAGCUGGGCCAAAGCGGAAAGGAAGAUUGUCCCCAUUCGGUGAACAAUGUCUCAAGACAAUGCAAUGGGAGCACGUUCACGUGCUGAACCCAUUCUCAAGACAAAGGCACUCACGUGCGGUCCUAGUUGUUCUGCUGCUCUCUCUCCGACUACAUAGAAUGUAUGCUCUCCUCCAUUCCAUUGGGAAGGCCACACAUACUGACAGUCAACAGAAUGUCGCGCCGCACGGCCGACCAGCUCCUAGCGCACCUGAUCGACAACGUCCCUGCGGAGCCCCUGGUGAAACGAUGUUUCCAAAGCCAUCCGAUCCGCCCAGUGAAGAUUCUGGAGAGACUGAUACUGCAAGGCAUCUACAGCGAGACGGCCCAUCAAUGGCGAGACUACCCCGCUUUCGCUGCAAAGGAUCUCCCGAGCAACAAACAUUCAGACUCUGAGUCCGAUGAGGAAGGGCAAGACGACAACGAGG